GGAAGACCGACGUUAGGCCAUGCAGAGCAACGAACCCAAGCAGCAGCGUGGCGUGCUGCGGCCCGAGCACGAGGUCAAGUACGGCGUGUCCGUGACGAGCCGCGACGUCAACACUGGCGACGCGCUCCAGGCCACGUGCCUCUUUUGCGUGCACUUUGGCCGGCAGAUUCGAUCGGAGCGCGCGCGCAGCAUCGCGACGCAGGUCAAGGUCUACGAGCCGCCGUUCCGGACAGACAACUUUGUGCAGCACAACCGACUACACCACUGGGACCAUUGGAUCGCGUACAGCGGGCAGGACCCGGACGCAAAGCUCGUCUACUUCCCGGCGGCGCUGAUUCCGUCCACGAUGCAGAUCGCUGUGGCGCCCAAGCGACGGUCGGCCGCUCCCGCCAAGCGCCCCGCAUCGCCCGAGCCCGAGCCAACGAAGAAGGCGAAACCCGACGCAAUCUCGCUCGUCGAUCUGUUAGAGCUGGAGCGCACCAAGUAUGCGCUCGAGACGGACAUGAUGAAGAUGGACUUGGAGCUCAAGAACGUUCAGGUCGUCCUCUCGACGAUGCUCGCGCGGCAAAAGCUUGUGAACGCUGGCGUGCCCCGAAGCGACAUUGACGCAAUGCUGCCGCUGCCGCUACCAGCUCAACGGCAACCAACAACAAUCGCCCGCAUCUAAGUUCGUUCCCAGUUUACGUCGACCCGUCCACAAGACACAAGAUCCCUUCUCCGCAUGCAGCUACUAGCAUUCAAGAUAGCAUGCGUCGUCCGUGGUUCUGUGUGAUGCCCCAAAGUGCCAAUGGUCAUCGUCGUCGAGUCGGCUACGUGCCAUGCACGGUGGGGAGGACACAUUCCUAUAGCGUAGAGGCGACAUACAGGCACGCGACGUUAUAUUACUGGAGAGGAUCAUUGCAUGA